AUGCGUGCAAAUGGCACAGAGCUGCCAUUAAAAUCAACAGUGGAUCUGUCCUGCUGGCUAAACAGGAGUUCCAACAGUUCGAAUUGUGACAUAGUUUUGUUACAAAACCACUCCAUUAUCAGUAGCAGCAGCUCUCCGAAAUCUUCAAUCAGGACCCAGAUUCUACUGAAUACUUUUGGGAAGCAGACAUUUGAAUGCAAGUGCAAAGGAUCAAGAUUACAGCUCAUAUGUGGAAUUUAUGUUUUUGUUGGAAUCGCUCCAGAUCAACCCAAAAAUGUAUCAUGCGCUCAGUAUGGAAAAUAUGGACGCCCCAUUUGUGCUUGGGAUAAAGGAUAUUAUACCUAUCUGAUUACUAUCUAUACAUUAUGGGUAGCAAAUGGAACAGCCUUGGGAGAAAAAAUUAGCACUACAGAUCACACAGUAGAUCUCAGAGAAAAGCUGGACUUUGAAACUACUUAUACAAUUGUGGUUGAAGCCACAAAUAAACUUGGGAGCAAUUCUUCUGAACCAAUGCAGUUCACAUUAAUAGACAUUGUGAAGCCUCACCCUCCUGUGGACCUCUCAGUAAGAUGUGAUGCCUUUGCUCCCCAAAAUUGUACCAUCUUAUGGCAAGAUCCGCAAGAAACACAGUGCUUUAGACUGAGAUACCAACCAAUCCACAGUAAUUCCUGGAUUACGCUUGAAAAUCUAAAUACUAGAAAGUAUGAUCUUCAUGGCCUACAGCCGAAGAUAAAAUAUGAGUUCCAAGUUUCCUGCAGGCUUCUUCUGGAAAGAGGUUUAUGGAGUGAUUGGAGCCCAGCAUUUCAAACAGAAGCAGUGCCGUUCGAACCUGUUGAUGUCUGGUAUUUAAAGAAGGAGGUCUCUUCCAAAAUGCAGAACAUUACUCUCUUCUGGAAGUCAGUAAAUGUAUCAGAAACGAUAAGCAAAAACUUUUGCUAUCAAGUGAUAUUUCAAAACCUCAACCAGAUGCCACCUAGAAAUGCAGAAAUGAGUAUGACCACCCACACUGCUUUCUCGCACAUCUCCCUAAAGGUGGAUUAUAACAUAUCACUUAAUUCUAAGAAUUCGCGGGGAGUAUCCCCAUCUGUCUACAUAGCCACAAAAUUGGGAAUUACAGAACUGCUACCACCUAACCAGGUCUCUGCCACAUUCGUGGACGAGAGAAUCGUUGUUAAAUGGAAAGCACCUUCAGCACCAUCCUCUUUCAUCAAUGGAUAUGUAGUUGAAUGGGUAGAGGUCCCUCAAGACUAUCCCAGGAACAGCUCCCCAACAUGGUUUAAAAUUCCUGUUUCUAAUAGCACAGUAAUAAAAGAGAAUUUAAAGCCCAACAUAUGCUACCACAUCAGUGUGUUUGCGCUCUAUCAGGCCCGAGCAGGAAAAGCAGCUGUGACCACAGAAAAUAUCUCAUCAAAAGCCCCAUUAACAGGACCUCAGAUUGUGAAUGUAGCUGUGAAAAAUGGGAGCAUUUUGGUCUCCUGGAGAGAAGUUCCAGAACAUCAGCGGAUGGGAUGUAUCACUAGUUACAAGAUUUAUUUGCAGAAACAAUUCUUUUCUGUACCGCCAGAUGUCCAUGAGAUUUCUAAACCAGCCCCACAGCCCUUUCGUAUAAAAAACAUAGAGGCUGGUGCUUCCUAUGUUAUUUGGAUGACGGCUUCUACAAAUGCUGGAGAAAGCCCGAAAGGGAACGAAGAGCUGAUCUACAUAAAAACAGAUGGGUUUAAAGAUGUUUCUGACCGGGUUCCAAUUGUAGCUAUUUUCAUUAUUAUUGGACUUUCAGUCUUCAUUUGCUGUGUACCCAUUGUUCGGCAAAAGAUUUUCUCUCUCUUUUCUGCUCUGGUGUUUGGUUGGUAUCCAGAUCCAGCCAACUCUACAUGGGCAAAAGAAUUUACAUCUACAAAGGAUGAAUCAAGUUCCAAUUCUACAGAGUUUUUAAGCAACCCAGUCAGAUCCGAAGACCCUGAAACUCUACAAAUAAAGGAAGCCUUAAUUAAAAGACAGUGCCUAGCUUUUAUGGAUGUGCACAUAUUUAAAAAUACUGAGACAGAAGGACUAUCUAUGAGAACUAGCAACUGCAAUUCUUUGACUACCAAUAUAAAAGAUAAUACUGGGAACCAUCAGCUGCCAUCUUUGUACAAGAAAUUUAUACCUGCGGAUCCAAAUGAAAGCCAAGUGUUUUCUGAGUGCUUGGUUAAUCCACUUGAGGAUGCCACAGUAGAUUACCUGCCAACCAUCACACCUGCCAUUAUGACUACUGAGGAAGACAGCUCUGGAUCUGAACUCAGUUCAUUACCUAUUUUCCCUAUAACUUCUUUUCGAAGAAAUUCAGGAUUUUUGGGUGGAAAACUUACUCUAGAUGCUAUAAAAAUGGACUGUAAUUUUUUCACAGAGAACCCUUUUAACAGUAGAGAUACAGAGAAUGUUGGUCUUAACCAUUAA